ACGGGGUUUGGAGGUCUUUGGGGCAAUAAGGGAGGCGUCAGCGUUAGUCUCAUAAUGGAUGGGAUAUCGCUAUGUAUAGUGAAUACUCAUUUGGCCCCACAUUACGAGAAUUUAGAGCAAAGAAUCAGUGAUUAUAAUACCAUUACUGAUGGCCAGUACUUCUGGAGUAACAAAAAGCCAAAUAUUUUGAGUCAUGAUUAUGUCCUAUGGAUGGGUGACCUGAACUUCAGGAUCGACGACCUAACCGGCGAUGAGAUUCACGAUAUCAUACUAAACGCACCCCAAACUCAACGUUCAAAUCAUUCAGUCAAUAGUUUUGCGCAACUCUUAGCUAACGAUCAGUUAAAUCGUGUCAGACAUGAGGGGCUGGCGUUCAGUGAGUUUAGCGAAACAGAGCCCACGUUUGCGCCGACCUAUAAGUUCUUCGUUAAUACCGAUAAUUAUGACUAUAAGUGA